AUGGCACAACGGCCUUCAGUUACGGCUGAGGAUGGUGUCAUCACCAACAUUGGCCGACGUAUGUCGGAGUUCCAAUGGGCCGGCGACCAGAACAUUGUCGAUGAGGCCCAAGAAGCGACGGAAUACGAACACCAGAUGGGUAUCUGGAAAGCAAUCAAGACAUACCCAAAAGCAGUUGGGUGGAGUGUUCUUGCCUCCACAGCCUUGGUCAUGGAGGGCUACGACUUGGUCGUGAUUGGAAGUUUUUAUGGAUUUCCCGAGUUUCAGAAGAAGUACGGCGACAAGCAGCCUGAUGGUACCUACGUGGUCUCUGCCCCUUGGCAAACUGGCCUGAGUAAUGGAGCCCUCGUCGGCGAAAUCCUCGGUCUAAUGGCAUGUGGAAUAUUGGCUGAACGGAUGGGCUAUCGUUUCACAAUCGGCCUGGCGCUUGUCCUUGUGAUAUGCUUCAUCUUCAUCACGUUCUUUGCCGUCAACAUUCAGAUGCUCUUGGUUGGGGAGAUUCUAUGUGGUUUGCCAUGGGGUGUCUUUCAGACAAUCACGACAGCUUACGCAGCGGAGGUGACUCCCACGCCUCUACGACCGUUCCUGACGACAUACGUCAAUCUUUGCUGGGUGUUUGGUCAACUUAUCGGCUCUGGUGUUCUCAGAGGCCUGCUUGAUGUGAAAAGCGAGUGGGGUUAUCGCAUCCCCUUUGCGUUGCAAUGGAUAUGGCCGCUACCUUUGCUCGUUGGUAUCAUAUUCGCUCCCGAGAGUCCCUGGUGGCUUGUGAGGAAGGGCCGGUAUGAUGAUGCUGAAAAGAGUCUCAGGCGGCUCACGAGCAAAGCCGAUGUCGACUUCGACCCCCGAAAGACCGUAGCGAUGAUGGUGCACACUGACGAACUCGAGAAAGAGAUUACUGCAGGAACGACUUACUGGGACUGCUUCAAAGAGGUUGACUUGCGCCGUACAGAGAUUGCCUGCGUCGUUUGGAUGAUUCAGACUCUCUGCGGAUCUGGUCUUCAAGGAUAUUCGACACAGUUCUACCAGAAUGCCGGACUCGACACGGUCUACGCCUUCGACUUUCAAAUGGGGCAGUAUGGCCUUGCAGCCAUAGGUGUCUUCAUUGCAUGGGCACUGAUGCCUCGAGUGGGUCGGCGCACGCUGUACCUUUACGGUCUAGCUGCUUCGUGCAUCACCCUCUUCACCAUUGGGUUUGUUGGUCUUGCACCGAGCUCGAACAAAGCGGCCCCAUGGGUUAUCGGAACGCUGCUUCUGAUUUUCACUUUCAUCUACGAUCUCACCAUCGGACCUGUCUGCUACUGCUUGGUGGCCGAAAUUCCUUCAGUAAGACUUCGCAGCAAGACCAUUGUGUUGGCACGCAACGCUUAUAACAUUGUCGGGAUUGUGAACAAUAUUCUUACUCCGAGAAUGGUUGUCACCACCGCUUGGAACUGGCGAGCGAAGGCAGGUCUGUUCUGGGGAGGGUCCUGCUUUCUUUGCAUCAUCUGGACGUUUUUCCGACUUCCGGAACCGAAAGGAAAGACGUAUGCGGAAUUGGAUGUCUUGUUCGAGAGGCGUGUCAACGCAAGAGCCUUUGGCAAGACUACCACCGAUCCUUUCCGAGGAGAGACUGUGGAUAUUCGCAGAGCAAGUGUUGUCGCCACAACCAAGGAAAAGGAGGAGAAAGUAGAGAACAAGGAGUUUGCGGGCUGA